GUGGCAACAAUUCGUUUAACUUUGAAAAUAGCGCAAAAGUGCGCGAGACUGAUGAAAAUAAAAUUCUAAGGAUAUUCUUUAAUCCAGUGCAGUCAGUGUGUGUUAUGAAAGGAUAAAUAGUAAACUAAAAAAAAAAUGCUCAAAGUGAAUACACAAACAAAGCGGUUUAUAGAUACAAUUUAUAUUUAGAAAGUGAAUAUUUUAAUUAAAUAAAUAUACAAAGUAUAAUUUUGUAUGCGGUAGCUGUAAGGAUAUUCCGGUUGUGAAGUGCUCAAAGGUGCUACGUUAAUGAAAUACAAAAACAAUCGCGGCACGAUACUGCAGUUACAGUUUAGAACUUUUCUUAUACGAAAAAUCUCGUGGAAUUUCCGGUGAUUGAAAAUUAUCUAAAGGUUGUUAAUUAAUUUGUAAACUCAUCGACUCAUUGCAACGGAGAUGUAAAUAACUCGCCCCCGCCAAUUAGUGAAAUUCAUUGCAUUGAAAACGAACGAAAGAGUUUCCAAUUAAGCGAUCGACAACAUUACGAGAAUCAAUUAUCACUUACCUUAGCUCAGCGCACAAAAAAGUUCCUAAAAAGCAGAACCGAAAGUAUUUCUACAGAAAGUAUUUCUACAACCUCAACUAAAAUGUCUCCACCAAUGGCUACCCAGCUGAAAUUGUUAUUCCUUUGCGCUUUGGCGCACACCUCCAAUGCGCUGGCAGUACCAGCAGAUCUUAAUGCCAAAACGUAUCAGCAAGCAGCUGCAACAAGCUCACCGCCAACAACAAACAAGCUGCUGAAACAAACGCCACCCUAUUUGCUGGUACGCGGCGAUUCGACAUUUGCUCCCAUGGAUGCCGCCGCGCCUCCUUUGCUGGAUGCCAUCGAUUCGGCUGAGAGACGCAGCUUCGAUAUGGCUGCGGAAAUUUUGAAGCGAAUGUAUAGUGAGCAUUUGAGCGCCACUCUCGGCGGCGGCGGUGGCGGCAGCGAUGCGCCUAUAGAGAUGGAGGAAUGCAGCAAUCCAUCGCAUAAAGCUGCCUUCUCCGCUUAUGAUUAUACGAUACUGCUCUCCAUGCUGAUCAUAUCGCUGGGCAUUGGCGUAUUUUACGGCUUCUUCCACAAGUCGGGCGGCUCUUCGGAGGAUUUCCUACUGGGUUCGGGUAUGUCCAUAUUUCCGGUAACACUCAGUUUGACGACAAGCUUCAUAACGGCUAUCGAAUUGUUGGGAAAUCCAUCGGAGAUGUACCUACAGGGUACACAAUUCGUGCUGAUUGUGAUUCCGAUGAUUUUGGUCAUACCGGUCGCCGUUAAAAUAUUCUACCCGAUUUACUUCAAAAUGGAGCUGACGAGUUGUUACGAGUAUCUCGGCAUACGCUUCGGUCGGGAAAUACGCAUCCUUGGCGCUGUUUUGUAUGUCAUACAGAUGUGCUUCUAUACCGCAGUGGCUGUCUUGGCGCCCGCAAUCGCACUCUCCAAAGCCACGGGCUUAAAUACCAAAGUUGCAGUGAUUCUUAUUUAUUUAGUUUGCGUUUUCUACUCCUCUCAAGGCGGCAUGAAAGCUGUAGUUAUUGCCGAUACCUUCCAAGCUGCAGUUCUGGCCUUAUCCCUGGUGCUGGUCGUUGCGCUGGGCAGUUAUUACAGCGGUAACGCUGUAGAGAUCUUCAACACGGCUGCUGACCGUCAUCGGCUGGAGUUCUUCAAUUUUGACCUAGAUCCCACCACGCGUCACACAGUGUGGUCCGUGGUAAUCGGUGGAUUCUUCUACUGGACUUCAUUGUUCUGCACCAACCAGGCAUCAGUGCAGAAGUGCAUGUCCCUGAAAUCACUGAAGUUGGCCAAAGUUGCCUUGGGAUUCGCCAUACUCGGACUGGUCGUGGUGUUUCUCAUGAAUUUCUAUACGGGUCUGAUGAUCUUCAACCACUAUGCCGAUUGCGACCCACUCACAGCUGGACGCAUUACCGCCUCCGACCAACUAUUGCCCUUUUACAUAAUGAGCACCUACGAACAUGUCUACACCAUCGCUGGCAUUUUCGUGGCGGGCAUUUUUGCUGCCAGCUUGGGCACGGUGGCAUCGGCGCUGAACUCCUUGUCUGCUGUAACUUGCGAGGAUUUGCUUGUGAAUGGCAUGAACAUCAAAAUAACGCCAGAUAAGGGUGCACUCUAUGCCAAGUGGAUGUCGUUGGGCUACGGCAUUAUCUCCUUUGGCUUGGUGUUCAUUGUGGAGAAGUUAGGCGGUGUGCUGCAAGCGACAUUGACCUUGAAUGGCCUAAUUGGCGGCGUGACAUUAGGGCUUUUCGUGCUAGGUAUCGCCUUUAAGAGAGCCAACGCUAAAGGCGCCUUUUAUGGAGGCUUACUAUCGCUAGCCAUUGUAAUUUUUAUCGGCGUAAUGGCGCAAAUUGUGAACGUAGAUCCGGUUGAGUUGCCGUUAUCGGUGGAUAACUGUAAUUGCAAGCACAAUGUGACGACUGCAAUUUUGCCCGCAACGCUUGUAACACAAACCGAUACUGGUUUCAGCUCGUGGUCAAUCUUCAAGCUGAGCUAUAUGUGGUACUCCAUGAUUGGUGCCGUGCUCACACUAUUUUUGGGUCUAGUCAUUUCGCUGAUUGUUGCUGCCGUGCAGCGACAUAAUGUGCUCAAGAUAAGCUCUGCGUACGAGGAGAAUGAGCAAAGUAAACCAGAAGUGCUGCCGCAGUUCAGCACUGAGAUCAACGUGGUCACUACUUCAGAGCCAUCGUCCAUGGAAAAGUCUGAAGGCCAUGUGAAUCAUGCCAUACGAUUGGAUGAUGAAUGAGUUGAGGGAGUGCAUGAAAUUUGCAUGAAAGCAAAAUGGAGGCUUACGAAAAAAAAGGCAAAGGACGAUAAAGUUAGACGAUAGACGUUUGAGCAACAAGUGUUUCUUUUUGGCAAAUGCGAAUUGCUCCAUCACAAAAUGUACAAAUUCAAUCAAAUUAGACUUCGAACGUUGAAACUAAGUACUUGUUAUUAAUUGAUAAUAAUUAUAUAUUUUUUUUAAUUGUUUACUAUACCUGUAUACAUACAUACAUACAUACAUAUCUGUAUGUAUAUUAAAACUAUUCCAGUCAUUAACUUAAUUUUUAAGUCUAUAGUAAAUAUAUUUACAUGUACGUAAGCGAGUGCGUAAUUUAGUUGUAUGUCAUUGGCUUUGUUUCUUUUCUUUUCUAGCAGAUAAUUAUCAGCAAGAAGAAGAAUGAGAAAAUUGAAAGAAUUACGCUCACAGAGAGCGAAAUAACGAAAAAGUAAAGAAACGCAAAACUAGCAGAAACUAGCAAGUAAUCAGCUGGUCGGUGUAUUUGACAAUUGAAAAUAUUUGGCGCGAAUUUUUGUUUAUCCAUUUUGACAGCUGCUAGUUUCUGCUAGUAAAAAUUUAACUAGCAGAAAUUAGCAGCAGAGCCAAAAAUAGAAGAGCGUAAGAACGAGAGAGAGCAGCUAGUUUCUGCUAGUUUUUGGGUUAAGAAACGCUUUCCAGCAGAAAUUAGUGAUAAUUUGUGAUAAUUAUCUGUUAAGAAACAAAGCUAUUGUAUAAAUACGAUCAAAGACGAGAGUAAUUAAGACGAAAGUGAUAAGUUUAAACGAAAAAUGCACAAAAAAAUGGGCAAAAGUACAAAAGAGGACCGAAUAAAGAAAUAUUUAUAUAUUUUGUAUUUAGACGAAAAAGUAGUAUCUAUGUAAAUAUGUAUUUGUGUUUAUUUUGUA